AUUUUUACAUCUAAUUAUUUUUUUAUUUCUUUCCUUUUUUCAUACAUAUUUUUUUUUUGACCCACUCGACGACAAGUGAAAAAAAACCUAUAAGGAAGAAAAACUUACUUCCUGAUAUGGAUAGUUAAGGACAUUCGCCGAAAACAAAGUAACGCAGUGGAAGAGAAGCUACUCGCUUGUAACAAUACCGAAACCAACCACCUAUUCUAGAACCCUUCACCUUAUUCACAUUAGUCGACUUCACUUUCAUCCUAGUGACUAUCGAUCUAUACUGUUCAACUACUGGGGUAAGGCCAGCCAUAACUUUUCAUAUCAUAAUUUGUGGUGACUCAACUUUUUUGUCUAUUUCCUACUUUUCUACUUCACUUGAAGUGCCAUUCUUUUGUUUAAAAAACUACUAAUAUUUAACAUGACUGAUGUUUAUAUUGUAGUUAAUAUCGCUACGACUUGUGACGAAUCCAAUACUUAUGUCACUAAGGAUUCUACUGAGAUAAUAGAAUUCUCUUGGUCAACCGUUGAUGCCUCAACCACAGAACUAUUGCAUAAAAAUUCAAUUUUAGUAAGACCAGUCAAUACUCCCAUAACUCCAUAUUGUUCACAAUUACAUAAAUUAACUUGGGAACAUGUUAGAAAUGCGGGAACUUUUAAAGAUGCAAUCCAAACUUUUGAUGAGUAUGUUCAAGUAAAUUUAAUUAAUAAUAAUAAAUCAUUUAUAUUUGUAACUAUGGAUUUGAAAUCGUUUAAAAUUCAAUUACCAAGAGAAGCAAGAGAUAAAUCUAUUGUAUUACCUUCAUAUCUCCAAAUGCCUAAAGUAUUUGAUUUGAAUGCAGAAUAUUCAAAAUGGCAAGUAUCUCAUCCUGAAUCUUUGAGUUAUCCUAGUUCUUCUUUGGUUAAUAUUAUUACGGCCUUACAAGUGGAUAUAAGUCAGGCUGAAAUUGAAGAAUUAAACUCAACUGCCAAUAAUAAUACCUCUCCCACCACUGAAACCAAUUCUGAUAGUGCAACCAACCAAACACUUGAAUUACUUUCUAACUUAUCUUCAUCCAAAUCUGCCCUUCUCACAAGCAUUUACGCAAAGAUAUUGACUCAGUUAAUCAAAAAAUCGUUACCUAUUGAAGAAUAUCCUAAUGUAUUAACCAAACCUUAUGACUUUGAACAAGAUAUUAAGAUUUUUCUUUCGGAACGUUCCAAAAUCUUAUAUUUAUCUAAUCUUUCUAAUGAUACUACUCAAUCAGAAUUGGAAUCCUGGUUUACUCAAUAUGGAGGUAGACCAAUAGCAUUUUGGACUAUUAAAAAUUUAGAGUCUUCCAAACCAAAAUCCAAUGGUAUUUCUGGAUUUGCAGUUUUUUCUACUCAUGAAGAAGCUACAGAAUCACUUUCUAUGAAUGGGAAAGUUUUCAAUGAUAGACCAAUUGAAGUUCAACCUUCUUCAACUAAAGUAUUAGAUAAAGCCAGUGAUCUCUUAACUCCUUUCCCACCUUCAAAAAAUAGACCAAGACCAGGUGAUUGGACUUGUCCAUCAUGUGGAUUUUCCAACUUUCAAAGAAGAACUCAUUGUUUCAGAUGUUCAUUUCCUGCUUCAUCAGCAGUUGCUAUUCAAGAAUCAAUAUAUUCGAAUCCUGCUCAAAAUAGUAAUAAUUCAGGUGGAAAUUUAACUCCAUCAAGUAGUCGUCGUAAUGCAGUUAUUAACGCUGCUGCUAUACUUUCUAACUCGAAUAAUAAUUCUAAUUCGAUCAAUAACAAUAUAAAUUCUUAUAAUUCAAAUCUUAACGUCUAUAAUGGCUCAAAUGGACAUCUUCCCGAUCAUAGCCAAUCACAACAGCAACAUCAACAACAACCACAACAACAGCAACAACAACAACAGAAUUACCAUAACAAUUUGAACUACAAUAAUAACAAUAAUAAUAACAAUAAUGGUUCCUCCAACAAUAACGGUAAUCUUAAUAAUAACAAUAAUCACAAUCGUAUGCAUUACAAUAGCAAUAACGUUCCUUUCAGAGCCGGUGAUUGGAAGUGUGAAUACUGUACAUACCAUAACUUUGCCAAAAACUUAUGCUGUUUGAAAUGUGGAGCCAAUAAGCCUGCUAGUUUACAGAAUAAUAAUAAUGCAGGUAAUGCUUCUUCUGCAGCUGCAGCAGCUGCUGCCGCAGCCGCAUCUGCCAAUAACAUUCACUCAGUUAAUUCAACUGCUGCUGCUAUUGCUGCUGCUACUGCCAGUGGUCAACCUUUAAAUUUAAGUAAUGGACUCUUGAGUAGUUUACAACAACCUCAACCUCAUCAUGCUGGGCAAUACUUGCAACAACCACCUAGACAACAAUCAAGAAACAAUUCUUUGGGUUCAACCACUAGCACGCAAUACUCCACUAGUAGUAAUAAUUCCGGUGGAAAGUCUAUUCUUGGACAACAACAUUAUCAACAACACCAAUCUAAUUAUAACGGAAGUUCGAGUUUGAGGGGGAGUGGUAAUGGUACUCCACAACCUUUACAACAACAAUCUUAUCUCCAAAAUUUGAACAAAUAUUCUAACUCCGUAAAUAAUUCACCUGGAUUAUAUCCUACCACAGGAUAUGCUUCUAAUCAAUAUCAUCAACAACAACAUCAUCAACAUCAACAACAACAGCACCACCAACAACAACAUCAGCAACACCAACAUAAUAACCAACAACAGCAGGGCCAAUACUUAAACUACAACAAGCAAAACCCGGCCACCUCAAAUUCUCUUCCAUUGGAUUCCAAUCCUAAUGCUGCUGGUAAUAAGAACACCAAUGCGGCUUUCAACGUGUUAACCAGUCAAGUAAAUUCAUUAAGUUUAAAUCACUAA